GCGGGGUUGUCUGCGGUGCGGGGUUGUCUGCGCGCGCUCCCGCCACUGAGAGGGGCGGGCCUCAGGCGGUGAAAGGAGCGCGGGUGCCCGAGGCCCAGUGAACGGGGCAGGAUGAGCGGCGAGGACGGAAACGAGGAGUUCUACCGACAGCUGCAGCUCCAGCAGCAGUAUGAGACCAGGCCAGCCGAGGGUGAAGGCGAGGGCGAGUCCGACCCCUUUACCUACGUGGACCCUGCGGACGGUGCUGCCUACGAGUGGGACCUGGAGAAGAAGGCCUGGUUCCCCAAGAUAACAGAAGAUUUCCUGGCAACCUAUCAUGCCAACUAUGGCUUCCAUGCAGAUGAGACGGAUACUUCAUCUGCCUCUGGUACAACCAUUGAAAGUAAGCAGCCAGUAAGUUCUAAGAUACCAGGAACAAAACCAUCAGCAAAUGAGAUGGGACAAAAACAAACAGAUCCAAAACAAAAGUCAGAGAAAAGGAAGCUAGAGCCAGGGUGGUUUCAUGUUGAAGAAGACAGAAACACAAAUGUUUAUGUGACAGGUUUACCUCCAGACAUUACGAAAGAUGAGUUUGUGCAAGUUAUGUCAAAAUGUGGUAUCAUCAUGCGAGAUCCUCAGACAGAAGAGCAUAAGAUCAAACUAUACAAAGAUAAGGAAGGAAAUCUUAAAGGAGAUGGCCUCUGUUGUUAUCUCAAGAGAGAAUCAGUUCAACUUGCUUUGAGGCUUCUGGAUGAAGCAGAAAUCCGAGGCUAUAAAUUGCAUGUGGAAGUUGCAAAGUUCCAACUGAAGGGGGAGUAUGAUGCAAGCAAAAAGAAGAAGAAAUGUAAAGACUACAAGAAGAAGUUAUCGCAACAGCAGAAACAGCUGGAUUGGAGGCCAGAGAAGAAAGAUGGGGCAACUCGAAUGCGGCAUGAACGCAUUGUUAUUAUCAGGAAUAUGUUUCACCCCAAGGACUUUGAGGAGGACCCUUUGGUGCUAAAUGAGAUAAGAGAAGAUCUGCGGACAGAGUGUGAAAAGUUUGGUCAAGUAAAGAAGGUUCUCAUAUUUGAUAGGCAUCCUGAUGGUGUCGCUUCCGUGUCAUUUAAAGAAGCAACAGAAGCUGAUCUGUGCAAACUGACUCUAAAUGGAAGGUGGUUUGGUGGCCGUCAGCUCAGUGCUGAAACGUGGGAUGGUGUAACGGAUUAUCAGGUGGAGGAGACUGCAAGAGAAAGGGAAGAAAGGCUCAAGGUGUGGGAGUCAUUUUUAGGGGAUCCUGAUGCCAAGGAGCAACUAAAUACAUCUGAUUUGGAUUCUGCAUCAAGUAGUUUUAAACUACCUGAAGGGAAACAACCUCCAGAGGUUAAUGACACGCCUAAGGAGGAUGCAAAUGAUGAAGGUCAUAAGAGAGAGAAUAAUGGUGAGGGUAUUAAUGAAGAUGGAGCUCCGUCCACAGACAGCAGCCUAGCAGGCAGUGAUGGUGAAGCUGAUACAUAACAUCUUUAAUGGUUUAUGAAAGCAUGAUUUUUAGGGUGAUGUUUGAGUGUAUCCCUCUCUUCAGGAUGACUGCAGACAAUAUUCAUACAAAUAUAGGUAUAUUAGAAUGUCA